UAUGUGAGACAAGUUUCAUCCAAAAUGCCUCACAUCACGCGAAAAUGGGAACUAUUCCCAGGCAGGAAUCGCUUUUGUUGCGAUGGCAGAGUAAUGAUGGCACCACAGACUGGAGUAUUCUAUGUCACUGUGUGCCUCAUCGUCGGAACAAGUGGACUGUUUUUUGGUUUUGAUUGUCCAUAUCUGGCACUACACGUUACACCAGCAAUACCAGUAAUAGGAGCUUUAUUAUUUAUAUUUGUAAUGUCUGCUUUAUUCCGCACAAGCUUCAGCGAUCCUGGAGUAAUUCCAAGAGCGACACCUGAUGAAGCAGCUUACAUUGAAAAACAAAUUGAAGUACCAAACAAUGGCAACUCUAAAACAUACAGACCUCCUCCCAGGACGAAAGAAGUCUUGAUUAGAGGACAACCAGUAAAACUGAAAUAUUGUUUUACAUGCAAGAUAUUUAGGCCACCUAGAGCCUCUCAUUGUAGUUUAUGUGACAAUUGUGUAGAGAGAUUCGAUCAUCACUGUCCAUGGGUUGGUAAUUGCGUGGGCAGAAGAAAUUAUAGAUAUUUUUAUGCUUUUAUAGUAUCCCUCGCAUUUCUUUGUGUUUUUAUAUUUGUAUGUGCAGUCACGCAUAUUAUUAUGCUUACAAAAGAUAGCAAGCCGUUUUUAGAAGCUGUAAAAUUAUCCCCGAGCAGUGUAAUUGUAGGAGUCAUAUGUUUCUUCUCUGUUUGGAGUAUCUUAGGCCUCGCUGGUUUUCAUACGUAUUUAACUAGCAGCAAUCAAACGACUAACGAAGAUAUUAAAGGGUCGUUCACGAAUAGAAGAGGGCAGGAUAAUUUUAAUCCUUACAGUCAAGGAAACAUUUGUGGAAAUUUUUUUUAUGUGUUAUGUGGACCGGCCCCACCUAGUUUAAUCGAUCGAAGAGGGAUAGUCACACCUGAAUACCGCGCAGAACAUGAACGAGUUGGUGAUGAUAAUGUAAUUACUAAUAAUAAAACAUACGGUACUACCAAAAUUGUGCAGCCUCAGUCAAACGGUACGACGGUUCAAACGAGUCCCAGUACGGAUCUUACGGGCUCGAUGAAUAACUUGAUCAGUGGUCAACAUUCUCCAAGAAUAGAGUCAAUAAACGGUGAGUUGACUCUCUUGAGACAUCCUACACGUUGUCCCGAGGAUUUACCAAAAUAUCCGCGCCAAUACAUAAACGAUACUUACGUGCCGCCAUACCCGGCGCAACAUUGCUCUCAGGAUUCUGUGAAACAUAUUAAAUAUGACGAAGUAGACCGGUUAAAUCCAGACUUUCAAAAAUAUCCGUGUAGAUGCGAGGAUGGUUUGCACAAGUAUCCUCAUAGGUGUAGAGAGGAAUAUCAUAGGUGUUCGGAUAAUAAUCUUAUAUACGACCAGUGCAUAGGGGAACAGAAAUAUGGCAUUGAUCUUCAAAAGUAUCCUCAACGAUAUUCCGAGGAUCCCUUACGUUAUAAGAUAAGUGAGAAGAACGGUUAUACCGAUCUGCAAAAGUUUCCCCAGUGCUAUUCCGAAGAUCCAUUACGGCUUUCGCAAUCCCCGCAUAUGCUUAAAUAUAACAAUUUGAGAUGUACCGAACACAGCUUAAAAUAUCCAAUAACGAAAAACAUUCUACCGGCGCGUAUAUUAGGCACGGGUGGCAUACCGAUUAUCGGACAGACCGCAAUUGGCCUCGUGGUCAACAGAUUCGGUUCCGGACCGCUAACUAACAAUUUAUCGUAUACGGAGAAUUCGUUAUGCCCGAGCGAUAGUACGGAGGAAGAUCUUUUGAAUCGUCGUUUUAUCAUGAGUAGUACCACGAACAGUAUAAGUCAACUUGUUACCAACGAAAUACCGCUAGCGUCUCUCAAUAUAGCACCAAUUGAUAUCGAUGAAAUCGCUCCGCUGCCUUCUCGUCAGAGUGCCGUGGUCUCUUCCGCUCUGGAUACAUCUUCCAUACCAACAGUAACUGUAACAACUCCUUUAUCUGCGUCUAGACUUAGACUAUUACAGGACACGACUAUGAUAGAGUCCGCCUUAGACUUGGAUUCGUUGGAAGAUGCGAGCAUCGGUAGAGGAAGUCAGUCAGGUCUUAUAAAAAUGGGUGUAAUAUAAAAUUUACAACUCGUAAAGAUUAAGAAUAAUUGAUUUCUGUUUAAUGGAUAGUGCAAUUUCAAUAUUGUGUUUUAAAACAAGGAAUGCAAUUUGUUUGUAUCCUCAUCGAGAAGCAUUCACACACGAUAUGAUAAUUAAAUGCAAAUGUAGCCGUCAAUUAUCAUUAAUUGCAAGAAAUAGUAUAUUUUUACACGGUUUUAUGCUUUUGUUUUGGCAAAAAAAAAAGAUUUCGUGAAAUUUUAAAAAUUAGUAAAUUAAGUCACAAACAAAAUAUAGG